CUAUUUCUUAAUUUUUCAGAUACACAAUUAUAUGUUAUAACAUUCAUAACAGAAAAUUCUUAUCUGCAAUUACCUGGAUGGAAAGAAGGGGAUUUAGCUUUUAGUUUCAGAACAUCAAGUAACAGAGCAAUACUUUUAUAUCAAAAGUCUCCCUUUAUUAAUCAUAGCUAUUUUCAAGUCUUACUUAUUGAUGAUAACACUUUGUCUUUUGAAUUCACUGUAAAUAAGAAACCAUAUAGCAUAAAAGUGUCUUCUCAUAAUGCAUUAAAUAAUGGAGAGUGGCAGCAAGUGUGGGUGGACUAUGAUAUUCAUCAUAUUCGCUUUACUGUAAAUUUAAUGUCAAAAAUGGUGGAUCUCAGUGAAGAAGAAGAUAUUGGUCCAUUUGAAGGUGCUCUGUAUGUUGGAGGUUUGCCAAAAUAUCAGAAAAUUGAUAUAGCAAUUCAUCAAGGCUUCAUUGGGUGCUUUAGAGGAUUGGUUAUGAAUAAUGAUGUUAUUAAUUUAUACAGAUAUUUAAAUUUAGAAACAUUUGAAAUCAAACAAGGAUGUUUAAAUUCUUGUUUUUCUAAUCCCUGUAAAAAUGGAGCUACCUGUCAUGAACUGUGGGGAUCAUUUCGAUGUGAAUGUGUCAAUGAAAUAGCUUAUUCUGGAAAAUUCUGUGAAAAUAACCUUAAUGAAAACAGUGUCACAUUUUUGAACAAUAAUUCAUUUUAUCAUCUGAUGGGAGAAAAUAAAUACAGACAUCCAAUUUUAAAUGAAAAUAUUAUUUUGAACUUUUUUACAUUUGAGGAUGAUGCUCUGCUUUUAUAUGCUUUUGAUCAUCUGAAUAAUUUUGUUCAGCUUCACUGGGAAAAUGGAAAAAGAGUAGUAUUUACAUUCAAUUCCCUCCAGACUAUAGUCCAAGUUUAUGUAGAUGUUUCAGUUAUUUAUAAAGGUAAACCAAUACAAAUAAGUGUCGAAAGAAAUGCAAAUAUGACUACUCUGAAUGUAAAUGGAAGGAAAGCAAUUGUCAGUUCACCGAUUAAAUUUUUGCAACAUUAUCAUCAACAACCAUGGAUAGAAAAUAUUAAUUUAGAAAAAGUUAAGCCAAUAAGAGCAACUUUUUCCACAAUUCCACAUUAUGAAAUUUUUAUUGGUGGAGUGAAUGAAGGAAUAAUUUCUCAUAUACCUGGAUUAAUUGGUUGUCUUCAGGGCAUGAAGAUUGGAGAUGAAUUGUAUGAUUUGAAAGGACAAUUGUUCAAUUUAAGUCAAGGUAAUGUUAAAGAAGAAUGUCAAACUAUUUGUCAUAAGUCUUCAUGUUUACAUAAUGGAGUGUGUAUUGAACUUUGGAAUGAAAACAAAACAAAGUGUGAUUGUUUAUUGACUACUUACGUGGGCAAUAUUUGUGAGAAAGGUUUGAAUAGUUAA